AUGAGGUUCCCAGCUUGGAUUCUUCUCCUGGAGAUGCUGUUUCCCUCAGCUGCCCAAGGAAGACUACUCCGCUUCGUUACGCUGGUUUAUCGUCAUGGUGACCGAUCUCCCCUCAGCACCUACCCUACAGAUCCCCACAAAGCCGCAGCUUGGCCACAUGGUUUCCAGCAGCUGAGUGAGGUGGGCAUUUUGCAGCAGAAAGCUCUGGGGAAAUUCCUCCGGGAAAGAUACGCUGGAUUUUUGAGUCCUUCCUACAAACCACAAGAAAUCUAUGUCCGCAGCACUGAUUAUGACCGCACCAUUAUGAGUGCCCAAGCCAACCUGAUGGGACUCUAUCCAAAUUCACAUCCAGAAAUUCCUUGGAAACCUGUUCCCAUCCACACCGUGCCUGCUAAGUAUGACAAACUUUUAAAACCACCAACCAGAACCUGUCAACGAUAUCAACAAUUGAUGGAAGAGACUAUUAAUUUGCCAAGCUAUCAAGCUAAAUUGACAGAAUGGAAGGGCUUUAUGGAAAAGAUGGCUAAUUAUACAGGGCUUAAAUCUGAACAGCUCACCUUGAGAGGCCUCUGGAAAGUGCAUGACACACUCUUCUGCCAGAAAACCCAUAACAUGUCUUUGCCUAGCUGGGCUACAGCACAGGUUCUGGCAACUCUCUCAGAGAUAGAAAUGUUUAAUAUUGAAGCGCAUGUGGGGAUGCAUGCUGCCCAGGAAAAGGCUCGAUUCAUCGGAGGGUUGCUGCUGGGUGCUAUUUUGAGCAACUUUUCCAAAAUGGUGUGCCAGGAUCUGCCUCUUAAGAUGAUAAUGUAUUCUGCUCAUGACAGCACCUUGAUUGCUCUGCAGGCAGCCCUCGGGGUUUACAACGGCCACCUACCACCCUAUGCAGCUUGUCAUGGAUUUGAAUUCUACCAAGAAAGCAAUAACUCUUUCAGCGUUGCUAUGUUCUACCGCAACAGGAGUGACCAGAGGCCCCAUAUUCUACCUCUGCCUGGCUGCCCCAUGCCUUGUCCAUUGCCACUGUUCAUUCAUCUCACCCGUACAGCUAUCCCAAAGGACUGGGAUGCAGAAUGCCAAAACCCUCAGAGCGGUCCAGGGCAUGCAGUGAUAGCCCUGGCUGCAGCAGUAGGUGUACUGAGCGUGGCACUGCUUGGCAUGGGUGUCUUGUAUUGGAGGAGGUGA